AUGGAAUGCGGAACAGGCUCCAACUGCUGGGAUGUGGUGGUCUCUGAGCCAUACGGAAUCUGCGACGGCACCUAUAUCGGUGAGGGGGACAGGGAGUCGUUGGCCACUUUAUUGGGGCCAUCGCUCUUCCUGGACACCUGCUUCGAGCCGGAAGAGGACUGCGGAGGGGAGCUUUCAGCCCUCAACCGGCGGAUGUUCAUGGCGCGAGCAUUCAAAUGCCCGGAGGGCGAAACGGAGGACUGCCCUAAGGAAGAGGUGUGGGGUGUGUACAGCGCCAUCACCAACGCAACAACGGGCGAGAACAGGCUGGGUUUCCUGCGAGCGUGGGCUGACGGCGCUCUCCACCCCGUUGACGUCGUUUCGCAAUGGUGGACAUUCCAGUACACUAGCUUGGAAGAAGAAGACACUUCCGAAAGCCGGGAUUGCCUCAACCCCGACUGCCUCAUCCAGCUAGAAAAUGUCAACAUCGAGUGUGCCCCCGGCUCCCCCAACUGGACGAGACCCCCCUCAACAACGCCCUACCCAUCGAUGGCCCCCGAUAUCGACGGCACCAUCGCGCCCAUCCCCACGAGUGCUCCCGUGGGCGAGAGCGAGAGCUCGAGCGAGAUCGGAUCUUUCGAGAACGCCGACGACUUGAACGGAGCCCAGGCAGGGCUCAAGCCCCCUCUCCGGUUUCCCGGCCUGGGGGGCGGUGGGGUGUGGCAGGCGGUUGGGGUGGUCGCCAUGACGGCGGGCUGGUGGGCCGUAGUUGGUAGCCUAGGGGUGCUUGGAGGACUUGCCGUGGUUGCGACAGACGUGUGAUGGCCUACCAUUCCAAGAGCGACGGAUGACGAUUGAUUACGCCCCACAUUUUAAGAGUGGAGCAGCAGAAGAAGUGCGCGAUCUUUCGCAGCAUGGGAGGGUGUAGUUUUGUGGGGGUGGUUUUCCUUGCCGUGGUGGUUUUCCGCUACUACUGUACUUUGUUAUUGUGCUUGUUGUGUUGAGAACCAAAGCCAUUCGUUUUGUGAUUGACAUCCGUCCUCGGGUAGUUAUUUUGGUCAAGCAUCUUAUGGAUGCAUUCGUUGGUUCGACGCUCAUCACAUUGCUACCGGACAGAAAUCAACAGCAGUCCCCACUGACAAAAACGUUAUGGGUCCUCCUGCAUGCUGUAUCGAUCGGUGACACUCGCCCGCGUUCUCCUCUCUCUGUUGUAAUCACUCGUAAGAAUUGUUAUUAUUUGCUGGAAUUUAAAUACCUGCUCAACCUGGUACUUGUUGGUUUUUUCUUGUAUCAUAGGUCAGUCAUCGGCGCAGGUACUUUGCGUUUCAUUUGUUUGUUGUAUGGAGUACAAGAUGAUAGCGCUU